AUGUCAGCCAACUUGUCUGGUGGUGGGGCAGGGCCAGAGAGCAGUGCUUUUGACUAUAAAAGUUGCGAUCGCAACACUUGGAGACAUAGUUCAGUGCAGGAGCCGCAGCAGCCACCAAGUCAGCAAAUCUACCAAAUCCCAAGACAAGUCCAAGCCAAAAUGUUCGCUCUUGUCUCACUUUUUAUCCUGGGUGUUGGAGCCGUCGCUGCCAUUGAGUUGCCGAUUAGCCCCAUUUACCACUCGCCAGCGGCCAUUGUGAAGCCACUGCUGAAGACCGUCGAAGUGGAGGCACCUGCCCAUUACGACUUCGCCUAUUCUGUGCACGACGAACACACCGGUGACAUCAAGAGCCAGACGGAAUCCAGGAAGGGCGAUCAGGUCCAGGGUCAGUACACACUGAUCGAUGCUGAUGGAUACCUGCGUACUGUGGACUACACCUCAGAUGCCCACAAUGGCUUCAAUGCCGUGGUUCGUCGUGAUCCUCUGGGCCAAAAGGUGAUUAAGGCUGCGCCAAUUGCCAAGCUCCUGGCUCCCGCACCAUUGCCCCUGGCUUAUGCGGCACCCAAGCUCCUCGCUCCCGCUAAACUUCCUCUCGGCAUUUACCAUUAAGAUUUGGGAAGGAUUGAUCGAGAGAGAUAGCAAACACUGACUUCAUCGCAUCGACGACGACCCAUCCGCAUCCGCAUCUGUAUCUGAACUAUUGUUUAA